AUGGCACGUCUGCGCACCCACCCAAGGGCCAACAAACUCAUUCGACCUACCACAGUCCAUGCAUUUGUGCUUCAUCGUGGCAGCCACGCUGCUGUCCUCAACAUCAUCGCGAUGCCGUCGCAGGAGUGUCGCCAAGUGAUGGCGGCGGCUCCCCCGCAGCUAGGUGACGCCGCCGUUGACCGGCUCAUUCGCGACGCUGCGUCGUCGUCGUCGUUUGAGUUUGUCAGGCGAGUGGAUGGCAUCGAUGUGUAUCACAGCCCCCGCGACCACAGCGUCCGAGCGGUGACGGUCGUGUCCGGCACCGUCGAGUCCCUCGUGCGGUCGCUGGCCGCCGAGGGAAGGUCGAACCAAGGAUUUCGCAAGCGCAUGUUCCAGUCCUUUUAUGGAUCGUUCGUGGACGGCGAGCGACUGCAGGAGGAGGACGCGACCGGUGGAUCGGUAUGCUGGCUAGGCCUCCACCACGAAUGCCAUGCGUACGACAUGACGCUCUUGGCACGGACAUUCGUCGCCGAUCCGUGGCCUACCACUCGACACGACCGCCAGCCCACUCAUCUGCGUGUUGGCGGACAAGUGUGGCAAUCGGUGAACGUGCCACGACGGGUUGGCAAGCCCCGAUCGACGUUUACGCGCCUCGUGCUGGCCUCAUGCGGGUUUGUCGUGCGGCCCAUAGAGUUGGUCGAUUCCACCCACGCGAUGUGCACGGUCUCGUUCGUGUUGCAAGUCGAGCCCGUUCCCAACCACCACGACCUCGCGCUCUGGUUUGUACAAUUGGCGCACUCGGCCACCCUCGCGUUUGCCACGAACUUGCAAGCGAUUCUGCCCAAGUCGCUGUGGACGCACAACUCGUACUGUAACCUGUGUUUUACAUCGUUCCGUGUGCUGUUUCCGAGGCGGCACCACUGCCGCCUCUGCGGCCAUGCCGUCUGUGCCAAAUGCGCCAUGUUUGUGCCAGCGGCAGUGCUGGCCGCUGCUCACGUUCUCGAUGUCCCUCAUAAUCGGACUCGAGUCCGCACUUGCACCCACUGUGCCGCUGGAAAUGUUCGCGGCGCGUUUGCGGUGGAGCGCUGCCCAUGGACGUCGCACAAACCCAAGACGGCCGGCAACUCGCGUCAUCUCGAAAUCAUGAACAAGCCACCAACUCUUUCGCUGGGAGACCACACAGACGCAUCAUCGACAGUGGUCUCCCCCACGUCGGUGCAUGUCAAGUCGCCGUCAUUUUGGGACAUUCUGGACGGCAUUCCGAUUCUCGAGUCGGCGAAACCAUCGCGCGAUGCGCCCACAAGACUUGUCGAGUCGUAUCCAGCAGCUCCACCACGGCAACAGCCCCGUGCGCCUUGCCUCUUUCGCAUCUCGCCGUCCGAGUGCACAUUAGUGUAUUUUUCUCGUCCAGGUGCAUCUUGA